UUAUGUGAAACGUUUGGUCCUGUUCCACCAGGGGGCGAUGCUGAGCCUGAAACAUUAAAACACAACCUUCAUUAAACAGACGAAGAAGAAAGAGGUAAACAAAGCGGACCUGGUUCUGGUUCAUCAUUCUGAGACUAAAACAGCAGCUGGGUUCGGUCAUGAGUCAAACCACGGCACAAAUGUCCAAAGCAGACCGGCUGCGGGGCUUCGUCACCGAGAGGCUGUCCGCCGCCUCCCGGGAGAUCUUAGCGGUUGUAGAGACCGUGGUAGCCGCCUACGAGGAGGAGGCUUCCGGCUUCAAACUGCAGCUGAGCCGGCAGAGGAGACAGCUGGAGCUGCUUCAGCCUCAGGCUCCUGUCGGUUUACAGACCAGCAGGAACCAGGGGUCUGCUGAGGAAGAGGAGGGUGAAGAUGAAGAGGCCCAUGAGCAUCUGAAGAGUCUGGGUUCAUCUGGUCCACAAAGCUCUUCAGAAGKUGUGUGUGGACCUGGAAGCAGGGAGCGUGGCAGAACUCACAACAUAAAACUCAGCAUCCGCUUCCUGAAGGAUCCGAACAUCAGCGUUCUCUCAAAAAACUUGGUGAAGAAAUGUCCCACGGUCACCCUGAAGUGUCCUCCAGGUCUGCAGGAGGACGACUUCCUGGACCUGCUGAGGUCUGCCGUCCCUCAGCUGGACGGAGACAAACCUUUGGAGUUGUUCUGCUCAGACCAGAGACGCAGACUUCAGCCUCUGAAACUGAAGAGUCUGACACCAGAGGAGAUCCACAGGAACCUGAAACCCACCGGACCGGGCCAGUCUGCGCUCUACGUCCGGCUGCAGACAGGAAGUGAAGCUCGGGAGUGGGCGGAGCCUCUUCAGAAUGAAAACAGCAGCUCGAUGUGUGAAGAAGCGGGACAGAACAGGUCAGUACCUUUUAAUCCCAAAUUGUUGCCGGUGGGAUUAAWUCAGAAUUAUAAACAGGGUUCCCACGGAUCAGCAUAA